ACGCAAAUGUAGUUUGAUUCAACAGCUCAAUUCUCAGCACAAAACCAACCAGAAUGUUAGAGCAAAUAUCCAUGUUGCUUAUAACUGGAAUCAUCAUGGUAGCAGCCCAGUCCGUGACACAGAACACUCCACUCCCUGCUGAACUAUAUGACGUCACGCGGUGUGUUCAGGAAAUCAUGCGCAGACACUUCGCAGCACGAACACCUGUACUGGUUUCAGCACCAAACACACAGCAGCACAACUUCACGGGACGGUCACUCACUCCAAAUCCUCGCUCUAUGGAAGACCUUCAGCUGACAGAUCUCAUCCUACACAACUUAAAUAUAAAUGCGCUUUGGUCCAUUCACUUCGUAAUCCCAGCUGAUUCUCCACUGGAUGAGACUCACUACGUUACUAUGAAACUUCAGAACUAUGUUAUUUUCAUAUGGGAACAACAUGAGGCUGACAUAGUUGACGAUAUUCUCCAUGAGCAAAUUGAAUAUCUACGAGAUUCAGCAACUUGGAAUCCUCGAGCGAAGUUCAUUGUUGUUGUAAACACCCACGUCAUGGAAUUUACAAGAUCACUCGCUCUUAGAAUAUGUGAAAAACUGUGGGACAUCGCCAUGAUUGCCAACGUUGUGGCCUUGAUCCCUAGCAUGGAGAAAAAAAUGAUCUUUAGCAAUGGGAAAGAUACAAUGGUACAUGAACAAUCCGGCAGUACUAGACUUCAUUUGUACACUUUCUUCCCAUUCCAAAAUGGGAAAUGUGGAGAAGUCAAGGAUGUUGUUCUAAUAGAUGAAUGGCUAAAUAAAGGUGGUGGGUCACUAUUAUACGGCUCAAAUCUCUACCAAACUAAAUAUCCUGACAAUUUUCUGGGAUGCCCAUUUAAGGUAGCCAGUAUAGGUGUUGAACCAUAUGUGAUUGCGGCAGAGGAAAUCGAACAGGCCGAUAGAAGCAGUGUUCCCAAAGUGAGCGGUUUAUCUGUUGAGCCAUUACGCUUUGUUGCUGAACAAAUUAACUUGACGACAAUUUUCCUUGAACCAUCUACUGAACUUACAUUACAUUCAUUCUGGGACCAAAUGAACACACUGAGUGACAGGUCAGCUGAUAUUGCUGGAGGUUCAAUCCCACAUGCAACCAUUCUUGCUGACAUGUAUGAUCAUACAAUUCCAUAUCUAUAUGAUUCAAUAGCAGCAAUAAUGCCUUGUCCGGGGCGUAUUCCUAAAGCUGAUAUGAUAAUGAACGUAUAUGCUACAUCUGUUUGGAUAGCAGUGACUCUUGUCUUCAUCCUUAUAGCGGUCGUGUUUUGGCGCACGGCUAACUCCCACCAUGGUCAGUCUAUGGAAUCCUACGAUUUCAGACACUUGUCCAGUUCUUUCCACUCUGCGUGGGCAAUUAUUUUGGGGGUGUCUGUACCAGUGAUCCCGAGAACUUCCAUGCUCAGAAUUUUAUUUCUUCUUUAUGUCUGGUAUUGUUUCGCUACAUCAACUGUGUUUCAGGCAUUCUUCACGUCCUAUCUUGUCGAAUCGGGUUAUGAAGAAGGGUAUAAAGACCUCGAUGAUCUCGUCAAAUCCAAAUUGUUUUACGGAUUUAACACUGUUCUUGAGUUUGCAUUCAUGCAGUUUGAUUUUGUCGAUACGAGACUAUAUAACAGGCCCAGAGUUGAGUGUCCAGACGUGAGUAAGUGCGCGGAACGGGUGAUAUUUGUCCGCGAUAUGGCUACAAUUUUUAGUAGAACUUCCGUUACUUACGUUGCAAUUAAGAACGGUGUCGAGGAGAGAAGCAAAAUGAUAUGCUUUCUAGAAAAACCUUCCCUUUCUGGAUACGUCACUGCAUAUUUACCAAGGGGGAGCUUACUCCUGGACAGGAUCAAUUCCGUUCUCAGACGCUACUUGGAAGCCGGGCUACUGAAUAGAUACUGGUCCCACUUGACUUGGGGAGAAAUUUUGAAAAGCAAGCACAAGUUUGGUAACAUCGGUAGCGAGGACUUCGUCCCAUUUUCAGUUUCUCACUUGUUCCCAGCGUUUAAGGUGCUUCUUUUUGGACACGUUUUGAGUUUUAUUCUGUUUUUGGUAGAACUCUUUGUGGGCCGAGUAAGGAACCAUUGAAAAGAGAACAAGAUACACAGUGACACUUCUCGUGUGGUGAACAACAUGGCGUCAUUAUCUACACUUGUAACAGAAAUCCGUGUAAUCUCGAUACGUCACAACGUGGUCUGAUGUUUGCUGUCGCGUGUGCACAAUUUUGAACAUCGGAAUCUUCCAGUUAGGGGAGAAACAAUUUGCAUAUUUUCUGUAGGGCAGCUGGAUUUGCUGGGUUCUCGCUUCACAUGUGUCUCAACACAGUCUGUAAGCACCCAUUUAUGUACGCAGCCCCUGGAAUCUCACACCUGCAGUGCCACUUCUGACACAGUUACUAAUGUACCUUCACUACAUGAGACCUGCACGUGAAGUGGCCUGCGGCCAAGAUCUCAUAGCGUUCAGAAGAGAGAACUGCUUCAGAAGGAGUGACGCUGGAGCAACUUACUGUUUCAUGCGCAGAUCAGUAUAAAGAUAAUCGUCGCGUAUACUGAAUGAUACAUACAUGUUUUUUCUUUACCAUUUCUAGCAAAAGGAUCUCUUCAAGUAUAAUUUGGUAGCGGCCUUUAAAACUGUAUAA